AUGCACUCAAGGAUUACCCAGGUUAUUCCACGUCUUACUGAAGGUGGUGCCUUUGUCAAAGUAGCUCAUGACUCCGAUACCACGAACUCGGACGUCAUCAAUGCCAUAACCCGCCAUUUAGACGAGAACCCCGUAAAUCCGUGGUUUAGAUUCUUCAGAUCUGCCAGCGCUGCUCUUGUGCGCGGACGUCCAUGGGUGGAGGACUUAUCUUACCGCUUUCCCAGCUCAAGGGUCAAGAUCGAAUUCCUUCCUGCGUCAUCAGAUGUACCAGCGGCGGAACUAACUCAAGAGUCCCUCUAUUCACUUACCAGGACAUAUGGCAAGCUGACCGAUAUCAUCUCGCAGCCCGCGGAGUCAAAGGUUGUACCUAGAUAUGCCUUGGUUGACUUUUCCCUUCCGGUGUGCGCCAUAAUGGCAAAAAACUGUCUUCAUGGGUUUAAGAUUUCUCCAGAAGAUGGUGGAGGAAAGGGAGGGACGAUACUGCAGUUUAGCUAUGAGCGAAAAAUAAAGGCACAUUGGAUAAGAGAUUGGUUUUUUAACCAUCCUCGAAUUAUGCUACCCAUUCUUGCCGCUAUCCUGGCUGCAAUUACAGUCGCCAUUUUUGACCCCAUACGGACAUUUUUCAUCAGGAUUAAGAUAUCCCCUCCGCUACAGCUACAGGACAACAGAUUAUGGAUGUGGCUUCAGAGGCAAGCUACAAAGGCAAAUUCGUUGUUCUCUCUCCACCGUGACCAAUUCCACGAAUCCAAAGGCCUCAAUGAAAUAUGGGAAGAUAGGAAAGAGGAUGCUCAGCAAAUACAGAAUUGGCUCGUGGAAGGGAAUGAUACUUUUAUCGUUGUGCAUGGACCACGAGGCUUGGGAAAGAAAGAAUUCGUUCUAGGUGAAACCCUGAAGAAUUACAAGAACAAACUUGUGAUCGACUGCAAGCCCAUCCAGGAGGCCCGGGGUGAUAGCACCAUGAUAGCAGCGGCUGCAGCUGAAGUUGGCUAUCGACCGAUCUUCUCUUGGAUGAACAGUGUUAGCAGUGUAGUUGAUGUUGCAACUCAAAGCGCUAUUGGUACCAAAGCUGGCCUCUCUGAAACCGUGGAUACUCAGCUUGGUAACAUAUUGCAGAAUACCGCCAAGGCAUUGAAAAAGGUAGCACUGGAUGGAAGGAGAAAGGGCGACAAGGACGGACACUUGAACGAUGAUGAAUGGCUAGAGGCAAACCCUACUCGUCGACCAGUUGUCGUUAUCGAUAACUUCCUCCAUAAAAGUAAGGACAACCAAAUGGUAUACGACAAACUUGCGGAAUGGGCAGCAGCAUUGAUAUACACUAACAUCGCACACGUGGUUUUUCUCACCUCGGACCUUUCAUAUUCCAAAACGUUGAGCCAGGCGUUGCCAAAUCAAGUCUUCCACCAAGUUUCGUUUACCGACUGCAAACCUGAGGUUGCCAAACGAUUCGUUCUAAGCCAUGUAUCUGGGGAAGAGGGCUCUAAGGGCGUGGACUACACAGAUGAAGGGUAUAAUAAGGAGCUCAGUGAAUGCAUCAAGCGACUAGGGGGCCGUUUGACAGACCUUGAGUUCUUUGCACGUAUGAUAGCCAGAGGUCUGAGUCCAAAUAGUAAGUUGCCCACCCCUACCCCAAAACUAUCUCUCCUACAUAUUGUUGUUGCUAACGACUUGGCAGCCGCUAUCCAACAAAUAGUACAUCAAUCGGCCGCGGAAAUCCUCAAAUUAUUCAUUACGGAGGCUGACUCCAGUUCCCGGGGUUGGACCCCUGAACAGGCAUGGUACUUAAUAAAAAAUCUAGGGACAGCCAAGGCUCAGACAGGAAAACUUGCCAACCCUGACGAAGAAGACGAAGCAAGUAUUCGGUACAGUGAUAUAAUUCUCUCUGAUCUUUUCAAGAAGGACGGUGAAAAUACCCUUCGUGCUCUUGAAAAAGCCGAACUCAUCGUUGUUAUUUCGAAAAACGGUCGGCCUUCAAUCAUCAAGCCAGGAAAGCCUGUGCUCGCAGCAGCCUUCAGCGAGUUGGUUGAAGACGAGGUGUUGAAAAGUAGGCUUGACUUGGGAAUUCUGAGCCAAUUGAUUAACAUGGAAAAUCAGACCAUUAAUAAAGUCGAAGAUGAACUGAAAGUUCUGGGAUCUUUGUCGAAAGAGCCCAGCGAGGCGAGGAGAAGAAUUAAAUGGCUACUGGCCAAAUUGGCCCUAAGUCAAGCAAAGGUCGACCAAUACGAGAUGGAAAGUGCGCAGUUAAAGCUGAUUUUGAAAACGGAAUUUUAG